AUGUCCAGCGGUGUUGACGUCCGACGACGUCCCGGUAUCUGGUCGUAUUUCAGUUUCACUGGUGGUCCCCGCAGACGCACUUCCGUGUCGCUACCACGCAACGCCAAUCCCAACAACGACCCCUUUGAGAAGGCGGACCGUCACUCCCGCCAUCGCUCGACCACUUCAACCAGCUUCAUGAACGAUCUCAAGGGCGCCGCGAUGAAUCAGGGGCAGAGGACCCGGUACCUGAAGACCGGGGGAAUUAUUGCUUUUAUUCUGCUGGUCUUGUACUUUAUUGCACCGCGGGAUGGCAUAUCAAGCGGGUCCUUCUCCGAAGGCAACACGGCGGCAGAAGGCGCCGAAACAUCGAAAUGCACACACUCCAUCUCUAAAGACAAGCCGCUCAUCCAGUACGCCCUCAUGAUCGAUGCCGGAAGCACUGGCUCCCGUAUCCAUGUCUACAAGUUCAAUAACUGCGGCUCCACCCCUGAGCUCGAGAGAGAGGUUUUUGAGCAAACGGAGAAGAAGAAGGGUGGUUCGGGCCUCUCGUCGUACGGAGCUGAUGCCGAAGGUGCUGCCAAGAGUUUGGAUGUCCUGAUGGACGUGGCCGUGAAGAAUGUCCCUGCGAGCUAUCAGAAAUGCACGCCGGUCGCUGUUAAGGCGACUGCUGGCCUCCGCAAGCUCGGUGACGAGAAGAGCGACGCUAUCUUGGAAGCGGUCCGCCGCCGCCUUGAAACUGCAUAUCCAUUCCCCGUUGUUGCUGCGGAUAAAGGCGGCGUUGAAGUCAUGAAAGGCGAGGACGAGGGUGUAUAUGCCUGGAUCACAGCCAACUAUCUCCUCGGUAAGAUUGGUGGCCCCGGCGACAGCCCCACUGCUGCUGUCCUGGAUCUUGGCGGUGGCUCGACUCAGAUUGUCUUCGAGCCCACUUUCAAAGGCAGCCCCGAUGGCGGAAUGCCGACCAAGCUUGCAGAUGGUGACCAUAAGUACGAACUCAACUUUGGUGGCCGCCAAUUCACUUUAUACCAGCAUUCCUACCUAGGCUAUGGCCUCAUGGAAGCUCGCAAUAACCUCCACACUGUCGUCAUCAAUGCUCUUCAUGAGGAGAACAAGUCUUCCGGGUCGACCAAUUGGUUGCAACAGGACAUUGUUAACCCAUGCAUUGCUCCGAAAAUGCGCAAGGAGGUCGAAGUUCAUCUUGGCGAAUCCCACCCCCUCGGCCCUUCCGUCACAGUCAACAUGACGGGCCCUGCCGAAGGCUCCCCUGCUCAAUGCCGAUACAUUGCAGAGAAGACUCUCGAAAAAGAAACCGAGUGCAAACUUAAUCCGUGUGCCUUCCGCGGCGUUCACCAACCAUCCUUCGAGAAAACUUUCUCUCGUGAGGAUGUCUAUCUCUUCUCCUACUUCUACGACCGCACUUCCGUGUUAGGAAUGCCAGAGUCUUUUACGCUAGACGAGCUGAAAGAUCUUACUCAUCGUGUCUGCCACGGACAGGACUCGUGGGAUGUCUUCCACAGUGUUGAGAAGGCCAUGGAGGAACUCUCCGGGCGCCCUGAACACUGCCUUGACUUGAAUUACAUGGUUGCGCUUUUGCACACUGGAUACGAAAUGCCUAUUGACCGGGAGGUCAAGAUCGCCAAAAAAAUCAAGGGCAAUGAAUUGGGCUGGUGCUUGGGUGCCAGUCUUCCCCUACUUAGCAAGGAAUCUGGCUGGAAAUGCAAGAUUAAAGAGAUCACCAAAUAA